GCGGCGGGUGCCGCCCCCUCGGCCGCCGGCCCCGCCCGGCCCCGCGCCUGGCCCCGGCCCUCCGAGCAGUGUCCUCCUCCUUCCCUUCUUUCCUCCCUCCCUGUUCCCCGCCCCGCUUCUCCUCCUCUUCCUCCGCCUCCCGCUCCUGCUCCCUCGGUCUCCGGCUCCGGCGCCGGCUCCUGCUCCUCCUGGCCGCCCGGGGCCAAGGCGACGAGAGGUUGUAAAAAUCCAUGUGGGACGGCCCCGGGGCGAGCAUCGGAAAGAUCUCUGAGUGGAGUUAUUUUCUGGUACGGACUAUGAAAAGAAUGCGGUGAAAAUUCUGGACAAUCGUGGAAAUAUUAGCUCAAACCCCAACUUAAUAUAGCAUUUCUUCUCUUCAGUAACACCUCAUAAUACAAGAAAAAUGUAUGGAAGUGCAAGAACAAUCACCAAUCUGGAAGGUAGCCCUUCCAGAUCCCCUCGUUUGCCAAGGUCUCCUCGUUUGGGCCACCGAAGAACAAGUAGUGGGGGAGGUGGAGGAACAGGCAAGACUCUGUCUAUGGAGAAUAUCCAGUCCCUCAAUGCAGCCUAUGCUACGUCUGGACCCAUGUAUCUGAGUGAUCAUGAAGGGGUGGCUUCAACAACUUACCCAAAGGGCACUAUGACUCUGGGAAGGGCUACAAAUCGAGCUGUAUAUGGAGGCCGUGUCACAGCCAUGGGGAGUAGUCCCAAUAUUGCUUCUGCUGGACUUUCCCACACAGAUGUCCUUUCAUACACAGAUCAACAUGGUGGGCUGACUGGCUCAUCCCAUCAUCACCACCACCAGGUCCCCUCCAUGUUGAGGCAGGUAAGAGACAGCACAAUGUUAGAUCUUCAGGCCCAGCUGAAAGAACUGCAGAGAGAGAAUGACCUCCUCCGGAAAGAGCUAGACAUCAAGGACAGCAAAUUGGGAUCUUCCAUGAACAGUAUUAAGACUUUCUGGAGUCCUGAGCUUAAGAAGGAGAGAGUCUUGAGGAAAGAAGAGGCAGCGCGGAUGUCUGUCCUCAAGGAGCAGAUGAGGGUUUCCCAUGAAGAAAAUCAGCACCUACAGUUGACAAUCCAGGCCCUUCAAGAUGAGCUGCGAACCCAGAGAGACCUCAACCACCUCCUCCAGCAAGAGAGUGGCAACCGAGGAGCGGAGCACUUCACCAUCGAGCUGACUGAGGAGAACUUUAGGCGGCUCCAAGCUGAGCAUGACAGGCAGGCUAAGGAGCUGUUCCUUUUGAGGAAGACAUUAGAGGAAAUGGAGCUGAGAAUUGAAACGCAGAAACAAACCCUCAAUGCCCGAGAUGAGUCAAUUAAAAAACUUCUUGAGAUGUUGCAAAGUAAAGGCUUGCCAUCCAAAAGCCUGGAGGAUGACAAUGAGCGAACGCGGCGGAUGGCAGAGGCUGAGUCUCAGGUCAGCCACUUGGAAGUGAUUUUAGAUCAGAAAGAGAAGGAAAACAUACAUCUUAGAGAGGAAUUGCACCGUAGAAGCCAACUUCAGCCGGAGCCAGCCAAGACGAAGGCUCUCCAGACUGUCAUCGAAAUGAAGGACACAAAAAUCGCUUCAUUGGAACGAAACAUAAGGGAUCUUGAGGAUGAGAUCCAGAUGUUAAAAGCCAAUGGUGUGCUGAACACUGAGGACCGCGAAGAAGAGAUCAAACAAAUUGAGGUUUACAAAAGUCACUCCAAGUUUAUGAAGACCAAGAUUGAUCAGCUGAAGCAGGAACUUUCAAAGAAAGAGUCGGAACUUCUUGCCUUACAAACAAAGCUUGAAACCCUCAGCAAUCAAAAUUCAGAUUGCAAGCAACACAUUGAAGUGCUCAAAGAGUCACUUACUGCCAAAGAACAGAGGGCUGCCAUCCUUCAGACUGAGGUAGAUGCGCUGAGAUUACGACUGGAAGAAAAAGAAUCUUUCCUCAAUAAAAAAACAAAACAGCUACAGGACCUUACAGAAGAGAAGGGGACACUGGCUGGUGAAAUUCGUGACAUGAAAGAUAUGUUAGAAGUGAAGGAAAGAAAAAUCAAUGUUCUUCAGAAAAAGAUUGAAAACUUGCAAGAACAACUUAGGGAUAAAGACAAGCAACUGACCAACCUGAAAGACAGAGUGAAGUCCUUGCAGACGGAUUCCAGUAAUACAGAUACUGCACUGGCAACGCUAGAGGAAGCUCUGUCAGAGAAGGAGAGAAUAAUUGAGCGCUUGAAAGAACAGCGAGAAAGAGAUGAUCGGGAAAGACUAGAAGAGAUAGAAUCCUUCCGAAAAGAGAACAAAGACCUGAAAGAGAAGGUCAAUGCUUUACAGGCUGAACUGACCGAGAAAGAGUCUAGUUUAAUUGACCUCAAGGAACAUGCAUCUUCAUUAGCCUCUGCGGGGCUGAAAAGGGAUUCCAAAUUAAAAUCUCUAGAAAUAGCCAUUGAACAAAAGAAAGAGGAAUGUAGCAAAUUGGAAGCACAGUUAAAAAAGCAAGCUGAGCAGUUGUUCAAUCAGAUGUACAACCCAGCACAUAAUAUUGAAGAUGACUCCAGGAUGAACCCUGAGUUUGCAGACCGAAUAAAACAGCUCGAUAAAGAGGCGUCUUACUACCGCGACGAGUGUGGCAAGGCCCAAGCGGAAGUGGACCGGUUGCUGGAGAUCCUCAAGGAGGUGGAGAAUGAGAAGAAUGACAAGGACAAGAAGAUCGCAGAACUGGAGAGGCAUAUGAAAGAUCAGAAUAAGAAGGUGGCCAACCUCAAGCACAAUCAACAGUUGGAAAAGAAGAAAAAUGCUCAGUUACUAGAAGAAGUGCGCAGGCGAGAAGACAGCAUGGCUGACAACUCACAGCAUUUGCAGAUAGAGGAACUGAUGAAUGCACUGGAGAAGACCAGACAGGAACUGGAUGCCACCAAAGCACGCCUCGCCUCCACACAGCAGUCCCUGGCCGAAAAAGAAGCGCACUUGGCCAACCUCCGGAUUGAGAGGAGGAAACAGCUGGAGGAGAUCCUGGAGAUGAAACAGGAAGCACUACUUGCAGCCAUCAGUGAAAAAGAUGCAAACAUUGCCUUGCUGGAAUUGUCUGCCUCCAAAAAGAAAAAGACGCAGGAAGAAGUCAUGGCCCUCAAGCGGGAAAAAGACCGACUAGUACAUCAAUUAAAGCAGCAGGUGGGGCCUCCUGCAAGACAGACCCAGAACAGAAUGAAGUUGAUGGCAGACAACUAUGAUGAGGACCAUCACCAUUACCACCACCACCACCAUCACCACCACCAUCGAUCUCCUGGGAGGUCGCAACAUUCCAAUCACAGGCCCUCUCCGGACCAGCUAUUAGAAGGGCUGAAUAAAGGGAACAUGCAGCUCUGCAGCAAUAUUCUGAUAAUCUAUUGCAGUGCGGCUCACAUCACUGUCCACCACCACCUGGAGCGGCUCAUCAGAACUGAAGGGGAGUUUUCACUUACCUUAUUGAGCGUGAUUGUGUUCUACUUGAUAUUUCCUUCAUCAUCUCAUAUCAUUUCUCAUGGAUUUGGUUAUGAUGGAAAGGAAGAAUGCAGAGGAGGAGAAAAGUGACAGAUCCUCCAUUUUUGUCGGAAUGUGGGCAUUUUGAAUGUGAUCAUCUUUGCUGAAUGUCAUUAUUUGAUAACAUUUUGUUUAUGUUACUUAAACAUCAUAGGAUAAAUUUGAACUCCAUGGGAUUUUAUCUGUGGAUUCAGCUUCUGUUGGACAACUAGCCUCAUCUCCAGUAUCCUGCUGGUUCAGUCUAAUUGGUCAUUCCUGAUGCAUUAGAUUAUCAAAAAGUAUAAAUUCGCUGUGAGUGAGUGGUGUUGGCAGUGUUUGUAUACCAUGAUGCAUGGAGUGUUUGACGAAGAAACAAAAAACACCAAAAAUUGCGAGCCUUUACCCUCCUCUAUUUCUUUAAUCUGUUGUUUGAAGAACCGCAUUUUGAGGGUGUAACCAGUAGUUACCUCUGGGCCAGGUUGGAAAUGAAAUCAAUUUUUUAAACCACUAAUACUUGCCAAGAAAUCGCCUUAUGAGAACAUGGUGUGUGUCUCUGACAAUGCGUGGCGCAUCUAAAUUGAUCAUUCAUAAUUUUAUCUACCCAGUCAUGUACUGGAGAGUGGCAAAAGUCUGAGGCACCUGCAUAUCUCUAGUCCCUGUGUUCUGCACAUCCCCACGGUGGGGACGCCACCAAGCCUCAGACUCUUACCAUCCUGGUACAUGCAGGUCUCCAUGAAGAAGCUGGGACUCAUUCACAUUUCAAGAUCCAAAUGCUGUGCACACAGUGUAAGCUUAGAUUUUCUGUAAAUGAAGGGUCAUUUCUCUUUUUUUUCUUUUUUAAAGAAAAUGUGUCUGCAACAUGGAUUCCAAAGCAUUUUCAGCAUCAAACGUGAAAACAUUGAUGAAUGAGGAACAAUCACAAAAGCUGUGUCUCUGUAUAUAGCUCUACACAACAUGUAUGUGGAUACAGUCAUUAUUUAAAGCACAUGCCAGGGAAAAAGACCAAAUUUUGAGGUCUUUUACAUACAGUGAUAUGGUACUAAGGAGAAUUAAACUCCUACUGCUUCCUCUGAAUAUUAAGAAACAAUUUAAAUUGUUAUGACUUCAUAAAACUCAUGACUGAGUCUGGCAAACAUGUGCAACUCUUGUAUUGCUCCAUUUUCUUGUCAAUGGAAGAAACCCUUCCACGUGUAUGCAAGUGGGAGAUGAAAACCUGCAUUUUUAAAGGACAAACAGUGAAUUUAAGCAUGAGUGGCCUUAAUAAAUAUAGUUGUCUUUCUUUGCUGCUGUGGAAAGGAUUCUAAACAGAUGUCCCUGAAGUGUUGCAUUGAAUUUAGUCAUUAUUAUUACUUUUUAAAAUGUUGGUGCAAUUAACUCUGGACCUCUCUUGUGAGCCAUAGAGAUAUUUAAAAGACAAACACCUUAUUUGUCGGGGAAGAUGAAACCGUCCCUGAGUAGCACCAUUCUUUCUUGGUGCAUUCGCGGUUAAGAUACUCAAGCAGGUUUCUUGCUUCUGGCUUUGUUCUUGUCAUCAGUAAGUAUAACAAACUAUGUAAUGCUUACGUGUUGCAUAAGCAAUCCAAAUGCAUUCAUGUUUUAAAAGUUUGUCCUUUAACUAUCAGAGGGAUCUAGGUCUUGGUUAGAGAAGUAAGCAGAGUUAUUUGCAAGCUUAUUUAGCACAUUUUGAUACAAUGUUGCACUGAAAACCCAGGCCACAAAUGUGUCCCAGUGAACAGUUUGGAUGUCCUCAAAGAAGUGGUUCUCACUGCCUCCUACAACCGGGUCUUGACCUGAACUCUGCAACUGAAUACUUGAAGUAGGAAGUAGGAAAUCCAGUAGGGAAAAUAGGGUCCUUGAAACAGAAAAAAAAACCAACCCAUGUAUAGCUAGCUAUUUCUGUGUAUGUGCCAAUUUUGUCAAAGCUCUUGUUUGGAGGGAUCAUUUUCUGCCCAACUUUCAUUGGUUAAAAAUAUUACUGAUCUUACCUUUAUGAGGGCAUAUCAUUUAGUCCCUUAAAAAUUAAAUUCUCUCUAACAUAACAACCUUUCCCAUUUCGUGUAAUAUUCUCUGAUGUUUGGGGGUUACCAAAAAUAUCCCUUUUUCACAUAUUAAGAAUAGUCUCUGGGUUUACAACAAACACUGUGAUGUUGGGAAGCUAUUUCCUUUGCGCAAACUUUAGCAGGUUUCCUUCUAAUCAUAACAUAGUUGAAAAAAGAAGUUUGGGCUAACAUUUAGGAGAAGUUUGUCUUACUUUGUGCAAAAGCAGGCUUAUGCUUUAUACCCCAUUUGAUUUCGAUGUACAGUCUCAAUUUUGUAUUUAAUGAUUUUUGUGUAUCCAGUAUGCACGUUAACAGCGUGUCAACUUUCAUUUGAAAGUGGGUUUCAAUUUACUUUUUAAACAGUGUUUAUGAUGAGACCUCAAAUGUGUUGACGUAAGCUCUAUCUGCAAUGUUUUUGUGUAGAGUGGCGAUUGAAUGCUGCCCAGGGUCAGUGUAUCUAAUUCCCCGAGACCCUCGUUUGAUAGUGCUUCUUGUAAUAUUUCUUCAAGUGAGUGGCAUGUGGGUUGUGAUAUUGACCAUGUGAUUAUGGACAUCGAUAUGAAAAAUAAAUAAAUAAAACUAAGGAACCCUGGAAACUACCAGUGGGCAUGUAUUAGCCAGUCAUUGUAACCUCGUGUCUAGUAGAACAAUGUACAAGGUAUGUACAGUUCAUAAAUUUGUUAUCAUGUGUAUGAGAAGUACUUUGUGCUGAUCGCCUUAUUUAUAUUCAUCAAAUAAACCUUGUUUCUUUCUGAAGUGA